CUGAGAUCAUGCGAUAACUACCUAGCUUUAUUUCCCUUCCUUCAACUACUCGAAUACUUAUCCUGCAGUUUGCUCUUUCAAUUGCUUGAAUACGCCAAUCCUCACAUAGCCUUACUCUUCUUCCACUCCCAGGUCGAGCAAACUCCAAUCCCAUACAAUACCGUCCUAUUGUCGUAUACCACAUUCUUCACCAUGGGAAACGAUGGCGGCUCCAUUCCCAAGCGGCGCGAGCUUGUAAGAGAAGCCGCCCGGCUGCCAACCGCCUCGGAAUUAAAAGCCACGGCCUUGGAGUCUUUGACACACGCUUGGACGAUGUGCCCCUUAUCCGACGUGCCACUCGAUUUCUCCAACACGGUGUCAGACUGGCGGGGGCGACUCUACAACUACGAAUCCGUACUACAGUGCCUAAUGCCCUCAUCUUCCGAGACGCCCGUAUCAGAGACUCAAGAGUCUGAGUUUUCUCGCACGGGGAUAAAGAGCUUGAAAGACGUUGUGAAACUCAAGAUUACAACAAAGAAGGACGAGAAGGGACGUGAGUUCGCGGCCUGCCCCGUCAGCAUGAAGGAGCUAGGCGCUGCCACUAAGAGCGUGUAUAUUGUCCCGUGCGGUCAUCUCUUCGCGGAGGUGACCAUGAAAGAGAUCUCCGACACUGAGACGCAAUGUCCCGAGUGCAGCUCAUCCUUUGAGAAGCGAGACGUCAUACCUAUAUUACCAACGGACGAGGCUGAAGUAGAAAAGCUGGCUAAAAGAGUUGACGAUCUAAGGGCAUUGGGUUUAACGCAUAGCUUAAAGAAGGAUAAGAGUUCCGGCAAGAAGAAGCGCAAGGCCGAUGAUGCGAAGGAGAAUAAAACGAGUAGCGACCAGAAAGAAAACGAUAUCAGCAAGACUGAUAAGAAUAAGGAGGAUAAGAAUGGCAUCGCAAGCCGGAUAAACAAUCCCAUGACUGCGUCUCUCACAGCCAAAGUGCUAGCCGAACAAGAAGAAAGGGCCAAGCGGAGGAAGAUAGCGGAUGGAUAUAAGAGGAGUGAGGCUGUGAGAUGACGUGCCGAGAUAGAUACCAAAGGGACUUGACGUGUAACUAGUCGAUUAAUACCACAAGCUAUGAAGAAGGUCACUAACUUUGCAUAUUACUUAGUUAUUCUAUUCGUGUCUUGUUUGUUUUAAGGGCUCUUUUUCGGAACCGACCUGAUCGUAUAUCAUAAAUUCUUAUCUAAUUUGCCGCAGAUGCCUCCAGGGAAUUGAUUCUAAAGCACUAACUUAUAGGGGCACAAGGACCACAUCACAAUUCGUCCUUAGCAUGGCCAGGCUCUACUGUCUCUUCGCAGACAGCGGGUGUGCCCACUUCCAUCUUGUAAACACACUUCUCUAACUCGCUAACCCGCCAUAACUCUUCGGUCUCAGCACAAGCAAGCCAAACAUCCGUCUUGCGGUUGGGGCCAUUCCAGCAGCCCUGGCCGUUUUC